CAGUGUACUUGUUUAAUUUUAAAGCUAAUAAUUCAAAACCUAUGUGCAUGUAUAAACUGAUAAAAAGCAACCACAUGAACUCACAUUUUCUUCAUCCAGUAACAAACAAAUCUAGUCAACCACAUAAACUCCAAAAAAAAAAGAUGACUCCUAUGUUUUACUUCCUUCUUGUCUCAACCGCUGUUUUGGCCGCCACAGCAAAGGCGGGCGAACCAGUUGUCGACACUGAUGGUAACCUCAUAUCCAAUGGCAGUUACUACGCUGUCCCAGUCUCCCACUAUGAAGGUGCCCUGACUCUCGCCUCCGGUGGUGCCAACCCAUGUCCCCUUUAUGUCGGACCGGAAUUAUCAAGGAGGAACAAGGGCCUUCCCCUAAGAUUCUCAAACUGGGGUUCUGGAGCUAGGUUCGUUCCCGAAUCAGAGAACCUCAACAUCAAGAUGGACCUCCCACCUACGAUCUGCGGUCAGUCAUCCUAUUGGUGGCUCACUGAGACUGAGAUUAAAGGAUGGCUGUUCAUAGCAGCUGGUCCUAAGCCAGAAACUGGAAAAGAUUCGUCCAAGAGUUUCUUCCAGAUCAAGAAAGCUGGAGGUGUACUUCGCGGUUACAAGUUUGUGUAUUGUGGUGGCGAUAAGAGCUGCUACGAAUUCGGAAUGGUUGUGGACAGAUAUGGCUAUAGCCGUUUGGCUCCAUCCAAAUCCAAUCUGCCAUUCCGCUUUGUGUUCGUGAAAGCUGACUAGAGAGAGGCUGCGUCAAAGUCCAAAAUUAUAUGUCUAUUAAGUGAGAGAAGUUAAAAGACUACAAACUUAAGUGGAUAAGAGUUUUAACUUAUACCACUAAUAGUAAAACUCUAUCCCUGUGUUCUCUGUUUUCUUUGUUCAUCUUAUAUGGAAUAACACAUGCAUCUUUCUUUGUUUUUUUUUUUUUUUGUAACUAUCUCUCUAGUUUAAGAUUCACAUAAUAUGGAAACUAAACAUAACAUUAUCAAAUUUUAUUGCUUAAAAAUUGUUUUCUUAACAGUGAUUAAUUUCUCUUUUAGUUUAUGUAGUUAUUAUAUUCAUGAUGUUAUAACGAUGAUUAUAUCGUCUAAUAGUUUAAUUUUGCGUCACACUAAAUUGCAUUAUAGAGAUCAAAAUCAAAUGUCAGGUAUGUAAAUUUUCGUUCAUUAAUCUAUAUAACUAAUAAUAGUUGUAUUGUAUGGAACUUGAACUUCAUACCUCUAAUCUAUACUAUUAUUUGCGAAGUAAAUUUUUUGAAUCGAGCUCUCACGUUAAAAGUUAGAGCGGUUAAUAUCUAUACUACCCUUAAUGAAUUUUAUAUAUAUACUAUUUCUUAUAUAAUUAAUUUAUUUAGAGAAAAUUAUCUAUAUGUCACGUUUGAUGUAUGUCUCCUUUUCAUUAUAUGAUUUGGUUGAUUUCAACAUAAUUUGUUUCUAUCUUUAAUUCGUCAUUAUUAUCCCUAUUAUCAUUGGAUUUAUCUUUCUAAAUAAAACAAACUAUUUAACCAAUGAUGUGUAUAUAUAUGUAAGUUAAUCCCCACGUCCUUAAAAGCUUCAAAAUCAAACUUCUAAUAUCUAAAUAACAUCUUUUUACUCAGUGCAAAACAUGUCCCAUCCACGAAGGAAGACAGCUACUUUAGUCUUUAUUGACGAUAUUAAACCAGGGAACAAUAGUUACAAAUUAAAGGUGCAGGUUAUGAAAUUGUGGAAGCUAUGGAGAUAAAAAAAAGUUGUCUCCAUUGAGAUGGUUCUUGUGGAUGCAACUGUGAGUAUACUACAAUAUUAUUUUUGAUGAUUUCUAUUUUUAGUUUAUGUAAGAUUAUCUAACUUAUUCAAUUGUAGGGAACAAGGAUACAUGCAUCCAUUGAUGAGGAUUUGAUACACAUAUAUGAAGGAAAAGUGUCUGAGGGUAUCUUUAAGUACAUUACAAAGGGACCAGAUUAUGUUAGAGCUUCGGUCCAAGGGGAUGAUACAGAUGAUACUAUCGACGAUGAGAUACAGAUGUUCUUUAGUUGCAGGUAUGUGCUAAUAAUAUACAAACUGUUUUGUCUCUUUCUGAUGUUUUUUCUCUUGAGUCCAUAGUUUUUUUUAUAAAAAAAAGAAGAAAAAAGAAAUUAGGGCUCGGGGAGGAGAUGAAACGUGGGCAUAGUUUAGCCAAAUCAACUACUGUCUACUCUCUUGAUUUAAUAGUGUUACAACAUGAAAUAUUGAUUUUAGUUCUAUUUUGAUUAAUUUAAAAACUAAGAUGAGACAAAAUUUUAGAGAAUAUAUUUGUGUAAUUUAAAAUCAAGUUAGGAAUAUUCUAUCAAACUUUUAGAGAAUUACUUGUGUACAUAAUUAAUAGUGGGAAUAGGAAUGUUUCUAAAACGACCAGUUCCUUACUAAAAAGAAAAAAUAUAUUAACAACUCCAAUCAAAUAGAAAAACUAAAUUCAAAAUAGUGUUGACAGAUUGCUUUUAUUUGAUGAUGCAGGUAUAUUUCAGCGUGUGAAGCAACUUGGAGAAUACUAGCUUUUCCUACGCAUUACCGAACAACCACAGUAGUUAAGCUUUCCUUCCAUUUACCUAAUCAGCAAAUGGCAAUUUAUAAUGAAGAUGACCCUAUUGAUGAUGUUUUAAAUCGUUCUGCGGUAUUGCGGUCAAAGUUUCUAGCAUGGAUGGAGGCGAACUGUAAAUAUCCGGAAGCAAGAGGUCUAACGUAUGCGGAAUUCCCCACAAAGUUUGUUUGGGUACAAAAGACGAGAGAGUGGAAGCCACGUGACAAAGGUUUUGCAAUAGGAAGGAUUACAUAUGUUCCACCUAAAUAUGUUAACUCAUAUUCCUUCCGUUCCUUAGUAAUAGACUUUUUAGAAAAAAAGUUUGUUUCAGAAAGAUGAAUUUUUUUGUGUUUUUUAUGAAAUUUUUUUAAAAUUUAAGAAAAUUAAUUGAUUUUAUUGAA